UCAGCCACUCUAGCUACAACCAGCUAGGCCAUCUGGAAGAUCCGCAGACUACCGCUGAUCAGGCGAAUCGGCAAUGACACCGAAAACGCAAUCCAGGAAAAGUGGGGGUGAGGUUUCCAACCUCAUCCUGAAUGCCCUAUCCUACGGCGGUUCGUCUGGCGUAACCCUGGCCGGUCUCAGGAGAGUCCUGAAGGCCAACGGCUACGAUGUGGCGCACAACAGAGCUCAAAUCCGACUGGCCGUCCGCAGACUGAUGGCCAGGAAGUACGUCGUGCGCACCAGGGGACGUCGCCUAAGGAUCAACCCAUACGGCCCUCGCAGGCGCAGGGGGGUUCGCAUGAGGCGAAGGCGGGGGAGAAGGCGGCGGCGAAGGCGCAGGACUAGAGGCAGAAGGAGGAGACGCUCCAGGAGAAGGCGAAGGAGGGGAACACCCCGCCGCAGGAGAAGCAGGAGAAGGAGGAGAAGGAGAAGGUCGACCUCCGGUAGGAGGAGAAGGAGGAGGAGAUCUGUGAGAAGGAGGAGGAGACCAGUGAGAAGGAGGAGGAGGUCUUUGAGGAGGAGGAGGUCUCGCAGGAGGAUGUCUGUGAGGAGGAGGAGAAGGAGAGUUGGGAGAAGGAGGAGGAGAAGAAGGUACCCAAGGAGGAGGCGGCGGAGAGUCAGGAGGGUCCGCAGGCUCAGAAGGAUCACAAGAGUCAGGAGGUACCGACGCAGAAGACCCAUACGCAGAAGGAGAAGAAGGAGCAGGCGCUAGUGGCAGCCCAUCAUGAUAGGAACUUCAGUUUUCACCAAAUAUUCUUAUAGACUUCUGUUUAUCACAUAAUGGACCUUUUCAC